ACAUACUCCCCCACAUAACAUACCCCCAACCUGUUUUUCCUACCUGUUUCUCCCUCCUUCCAUUCAACUACUUGCAUCUUUCUUUUCUCUAUAAAUCGCCCACCAAUUUGGGCCUUCUUUCUUUUAUUACAUCAAAUCCCCAAAUCUUCAAUUUUUUUUCAGUAUUCUUCUCAAUGGCUUCCAUUAACAUGUCUUCUUCAUCCACAUCUCUACUACGCUCAAAGAUGAUCACAAACGUCAGCUCAUAUAACAGUCAUAACUUCGUAAAGCUAUUUUCAUCCAACGGGCAUACAUCCGAGGCCUUUCUCCAUCUUGGUACUAAAUCAUGCCCCAAAAAUAAAGGUGACGGUAGGCUCAGAGCGUCAUUAUUGCCUACAGAUGGCAGUUUUCCUAUUAAUGAAAAAAGAAUUAACGGUUUAGAGAAAAACGGUGUUAGCGUCUCGUCUGAUGUAGUGAUACAGCCUGAUUCAAUAGCGCUGGGUACCUUAGCAGCCGAAACAACUCCUAGCAUGAAUGAUUUCUCUACCGCUGCUGAUGAAUACGAUUUGGAUCAGCCGACCCCGGGCUUCUCGUCCAUUCCUGAGGCGAUUGAAGAUAUACGACAAGGAAAGAUGGUAGUGGUUGUCGACGAUGAAAGCAGAGAAAAUGAAGGAGAUUUAAUAAUGGCAGCACAAUGUGUUACACCAGAGGCUAUGGCGUUUAUCGUUAAGCAUGGAACUGGAAUUGUUUGCGUAAGCAUGAAAGGUGAAGAUCUUGAUAGACUCCAACUUCCGUUAAUGGUUUCUCAUAAAGAUAACGAAGAAAAACUCACUACAGCCUUCACAGUAUCAGUGGAUGCGAAACAUGGUACGACUACUGGUGUGUCAGCGUGUGAUAGGGCGGCAACGAUAAAAGCGUUAGCUUUGAAAGAUUCACAGCCCGCGGAUUUUAACCGCCCGGGCCAUAUAUUUCCACUGAAAUACAGGGAAGGCGGUGUUUUAAAAAGAGCGGGUCAUACGGAAGCUUCUGUUGACCUAGCGAUGUUAGCUGGGUUUGACCCUGUAGCCGUGUUAUGUGAGAUUGUGGACGAUGAUGGUUCCAUGGCUAGAUUGCCAAAGCUAAAGGAGUUUGUCAAAAGGGAAAAUUUAAAGAUUAUUUCUAUUGCUGAUCUAAUCAGGUAUAGAAGAAAGACGGAUAAACUAGUGGAGCGUGCUUCAGCCGCACGUAUACCUACGACAUGGGGGCCAUUUGUUGCUUAUUGUUAUAGAUCAGUCUUAGAUGGAAUUGAACAUAUUGCUAUGGUUAAGGGUGACAUUGGGGACGGAAAUGACAUUCUUGUGAGGGUACAUUCAGAAUGCUUAACAGGAGACAUAUUCGGGUCAGCCAGAUGUGAUUGUGGUAAUCAACUGGCACUUGCAAUGCAACAAAUUGAAGAAGCUGGCAGGGGCGUUUUGGUAUAUCUCCGAGGUCAUGAGGGAAGAGGCAUCGGGUUAGGUCACAAGCUUCGUGCUUAUAACCUUCAAGAUGAUGGUCGUGAUACGGUUGAAGCCAAUGAGGAGCUUGGUUUGCCUGUUGAUUCAAGGGAGUACGGUAUUGGCGCACAGAUUUUGAGAGAUUUGGGAGUUAGGACGAUGAAGUUGAUGACAAACAACCCUGCUAAGUACAGUGGGCUCAAGGGCUAUGGCUUAGAAGUUGCAGGCAGGGUUCCCCUUCUGACUCCGAUUACAAAGCACAACAAGCGAUAUCUUGAGACCAAACGGGCUAAGAUGGGUCACGUUUAUGGGUCUGGUGUCCCGAACCUUAUCUCCCAAAACGACAAACCAACCACCCCAAACCCAAGCGAUUAAGUUUUGGUUCAUCGACUCGAUUGACUCACAUUUUUUACUUACCAUCAUCAAAUUUUUUUAAAACCAAUUUAUAUAUAAUACUUGUUAUUGGAUGGCAUGAUGUUUAUGAUCGUGUUUAGGUGAUAUUUAUGAUAUAAUUAGGGAUGUUAUUACAUAAAUUUUCAACGAAAAACACUUGAUGCAAGUUUAUAAGACCACUUUUGGCCAUUGCUUCAACGCAUA